AUCCGCCCAGUGUGACGGGUCUCCAGGAGGAUGGACGGACGGCGUCUCGAGCCGGUAACCAUGGCCCGAGCAUCUGGCCGGGUCGCCAUAUGUCGCUGCCUCUACCCGCUGGCCGCGCUGUUGCUACUGGCGGUGCAGCCGCUGCCCGUGCCGGCUGCCAUGCCCGUCACCGACCUCCCGCCGCCCCACAACCGCUCCGUGCCGCCCGGGGCCCACGGCAACGCCACCACCACCGCCCAAGCCUCGUCCGUCGCCACCGUCCUCGCCAUGCUGCGCCACUACCCCGCCCUCGAGGGGCUGGUGCUCGCCUCCUGCGCCGUGGCGCUGCUGCUCGUCGCCUGUCUGAUGGUCAAAGUGUUCAGGUCUAGAAGAAAAUAUGGGAAAACAAGGAAAUAUGACAUUAUUACAACACCAGCAGAAAAAGUAGAAAUGACACCACUUAAUGAAGAGGAUGAUGAUGAUGAAGAUGCAACUGUGUUUGAUGUGAAAUACAGCAGGUGAAGGUUUGUUGGAAAUGCCCGUUAUAUGGAUGGCCAAUCGCACUGUGCCAACCACCAGCCACAAUUACCAUCUGGAAAAACAACUGGAUUCCACUUGUCAUCUGUGUGUUAACUUUUCAUUCAGUAUCUUGUGUAAGAGACAGAAAUGCAAAGGAGAUUAUUACAUUGUCAUCAGCAGCACAAUAUCCACGUCUGUUUCCCAUGGACUUUGUAGGAAGGUUUUUUUCUCUCCGGAACUCAAGAUAUUCGGGUGUACAAUUUGAAAUGCGUAGUAUUGUAUCUUAUGGUAGAAACUUUGUAUUUAUUCUCUAUCCAGAAUAUAUUAUCAGUACCACAAUGCUGAGGUGAAGUGGAAUAUAGAUUUAAGUGUUUUGCUUGGAUACAUUUUAGUUUAUUCUUUGAGUUUAAAAGAAUAUAUGUAUGCCACUAGGUCAUGAUAGCUUUCAGAAACAGUCACUUGAUCUGAGCGUACAGUAUAGAAUACCUGCUGCUGUGUUGUGCUUUCAGAAUUCAGUUCUAUGAUCAGUGAAACUCCAUUUUGAAAGUGGAAUGCAAUGCGCAGCCGCUACUUUAGGUGCAUGUUUAGCACAAGCAAGACAGGGCAACUUUCUAUUCCCUGGUUUCUAAACGUACCUACAGGUGGACAGGUUAACAUUGCCUCUUCAGUUGGUGAUCAAUUGACUAACAAUUGAAUUUGUAUGCAUUGCGCACUCUUGAUGUGGAGUAAUCAAAAUGAUCAAUAUAAGCAGAGUAAAAACAGAAGCGGUGAGUUUUCUGACGAGCUGGCUUAAUAUUUAUAACUUGGGCCAAUUUGGUAACUUGCUUUUGCUUUUAUUACACGGGUGCACAAUGAAUUAGAGCUACAUAAAUGCUUUUCCCAAAGUCGUUUACUGAAAUAUGGAUUCAGGUAUUCAAUUGUAGUGGAAUGACAUAUCAAUUCAUUCAAAUGGUAACCAAGCUCAGCUUGAUGUAUAGAAGCAAGUCCUGUUAUAAUUUAAUAACGCCUUUCAAGUUGAGUUGAAUUACUCUAAUCAUUUCACAUUCAGACAAUUCACUGGCUGACUGCUUUCUUGAAAAGAAACAUACUGUGCUCCAGCAUGAACUUUGUUGAGGGUGGGUCACCUGCACUAUUCUUCAAAGGAAAUCAUGCAUUACAUAGCAUUGUUGUUGCUGGUUUACAUCAUGAACCAGUACUAUUAAAUAACAGGGAAAGCAACAUCAUGUCAGUCGUGGGUUCCAAUACCUUUUCACUUAGUUGUGGUUUUGUUCAAUGUAAAAGUUUCCAGCACUGACUCUGAUGAUAACUGACUUGUUACCAGCAUCCUAUUCAAAUAUCUCACAAGUCGUAAUGUUCUUUGCAGGCUGAACCUAUAAUUGGAUGAAUGCAAUCAUAAAUUUCUCAAAUUUCUAUUUUACUUUAAUUUUGAUGAAGGCAAGAGAUUUUCUACUGUGUAGCAAAAUUCAUAUUACACUCGUUUACCACAACACUACAUAUUGGUCCUAAAAAGAUGAUUCUGAGAUGUUCAAUUUUAUAACUAUUAGCUCAAUUCUAUUUUAUUUUGUCAGCUCAAAGGAAUCUUCUGGUGGUAGAAUAUAAAUAUAUAGUAUACUGUGAAAAGAGGGGGUGGUAUAACAAAAGGUGAUUUUAUCUGAAUUCUUUAAAGAAAACUUAAAGCACAGAGUCUACAGACAUUUUAAUCAGUUCUCUAAUUAGAUUUUGACCUCAGUGAAGUGGAAAAAAAGAUGUUGGCACAAAAGAAAAUGCUUAAGCAAUGUUGCACUAAUUCUGCAAGAAGAAGAAUGCUCCUACCUUUUACAGCGUGUUUUAAUCUGAUGACCCAGUACUAAAGAGCAUGACUGAGAAAGGCAGCCAAGCCCUGCUGGAAUAGCACAGCGAGUAAAAUCGGCUGAAAUAUAUUUUCUAUGGAAAGUUGUAGUUGUUAGAACUCUCUUCCACUGCUGCCCCCAUUGGCGAAAACCCAAACUAUUCUUUCGGAAUGUUACUGCCUAGAACCAACUAACUUGGCAGGUCAGUUAAAUUAUUACUCUGUCAAAACCUUAUAAACCACUCUUGCCAGCUUUUUUUUGUUCUUUACACCUCCACAGAUAUAAUGCUCAAAAGUCAGCACUGGUAAAGAAUAUCGAUGCUCAUUAAUGGAGAUUAUGCCGCAAUGUGCUUAAAAUUCCCUAAAGUGCAGUCAAAGAUAGGAGGGAUGAAAUCUGCAGUUAGACAAUUUUCACAUCAUUUUAAGUGAGCCUACUUCAAAGAUUUUGCAUCCUUUGCCAUACCCUGCAAUCCUGCCAGUAGUACUCAUUGUAGUCUGUCCUGAAUUAGCGAGACUGGGUUCAGCAAACUUCCCUUUUCUACCUGCUAUUUAUUAUGUGCAUCUGAACAUUGAUUGAGAACAUGACAGAAACCUUUUCUGGCUAACAACUUGGUCACUUUGAAGAGGUACCAGAGGAUGGGGUCAGGAUUAGUCCCUGGCAUGUUGUCCCAACAAAUGAACAUUUUGCUGCUCUUUGUCAAGAAAUGUUGUGUAAUCCCUUCACAAUGUUAGACAUUCUCUUCUAGUCAUUGAGCUACACUUUAGAAAUGCAGCCAUUGAUGCCGUCAGCACUUGUCAUCAGCACUUGGAUAUACAAAUGUCAUCAGCACUUGGUUAUAUAAAGUUCACUUUAGUUUAUUGACACGUGUGCCGAGAAACAGUGGAAAGCUUUUGUUGCGUGCUAUCCAGUCAGCGGAAAGGCAAUACAUGAUUACAAUCGAGCCAUUCGCAGUGUAUAGAUACAUGAUAAGGGAAUAACGUUCUGUGCCAGGUAAAGCCAGUAAAGUCCAAUCAAGGAUAGUCCGAGGGUCACAAAUGAGGCACUUUAAGAAGAUCAUAGUUAAAGUAAGAAAUGUUGCUGACGGAAUAGAGAUUUCAGUGUGGAGCGAUUGUAAUAAUGUGAUUGAAGAGCUGCUUCUGUGGCAAGCACGCAAAUAAUAGCUGGGGUUGGAUGCCAUCCUGGAAGCAGACAAAACGUGCCCAAUUAUAGGAGAUGGAACUUUAUUACAACCAUGUCCCUCAAUGAGGCAAUAUUUUAGAAAAGGGAUAAUAUUUAAGCAACAAGAUUGAAGUCUCUUUAAACGGAGUAAUGCGAGGACUGUCUUGAGAGGAGUAGGUGGGAGAGUAUAUUUGCCUUAACUUGACUUGGGAGUGGACAGAAAAAUAGCCAGCAAUCCUGGACACACACUCGUGUACUGGGUAUGGUUGCUCCUUACUCAGAGUAAUCAUAGUUGAGGGAGAUCAGGUUGAGGCAGAUACACAUCUAUAAAAAAUGUUCAAUCAUGACACAUGACCAGUUUAAGUUGGGUUUAAGUGCCAUUUUGUACAAUAUAUUGACAAUCAGCAUCUCCCUGAUCAUUGACAUUUUAGUCAAUGGGCUUUUAUAACCUUUGCACAACCAAUCUUUCAGAAGAACUUGGAAAUGAACAGAAAUGUUAUGUGUUUGUAACGUUUAAAAUUAGUUGUUAAUUGCAUCACUUUAUUCAAUAAUGAAAUAACCCUAGUCUUAUGUUUACAGUUUGUGGGAAAAUAAUAUUUUGUCUAGAUUUUACAGCGUAUAUUUUUCUUUUGGAGUAUUGUGAUGCUUGUAUUCGGAGCAGUUAGUUGGAGUUGCUUGAAGAACUGAAUAGAGAACUGGAGAACGUUCAUUGCAAUGUUGUUUAAUUCCUUCAACAUGCCUUAAGUCAAAGUGAAAUGAGCUUGUUGAUGAAUGAGGCCAGUCCAUCUUCAGCCAUUUGUAAUACAUAAGGACUUUUGGAAAUUAUUCACUUCUAUUUUACUACUUGCAAGAAUAUAAGGAUCUAGUUUAUAGUGACACAAUUUUAAGAGAUAGUUAUAUUAUGGGAAGUUAAGGGAACAUUUUUCUCCUUUUUGUAAUAGUCGUUGGGCAAGAUAGUAUAAACAGAAUUUGAAGCUGACCAUAUAACUGAAUUCAAAGGUGAAACUAAAAGUGUCUUGAGAGAGCACCAAGUUGAUAGGCCACCUAUCCUCCUCAACUUGGAGUCCUUUGUCUCAUUGACAUUAUCCUUCAUUCUUCACCACUGUUGGCUAACCUUAUUGAUUCCUCUUAUAGGAUAUCCCCCUCACUUGAUAAUCAAUGCAGUGAUAAUCAAUUCAUACAACACGAACUCCACUGCACGUGUCUCCUUAGUAUUUCAAAACCAUUGUAGAUACUGAGGACGGGUUAAAACCUUUUAAGCAACCAGAAAACAAUGAAUUUACAAAUCUUGGAAUACCUUACUGUGAUUAGCACUUGUAAUCGAUUUGUGAAUCGAGUAGUCAGAGCAACUUUCUGCCGUGAGAUAAUCCAUGUACACUUGCGAUCGGUAAAACAAGAUAAAGCCACACAACCUUGCUGCCCUGUAAGGUAACUCUCUUUAAUCGUUCAAGGCUUUUGUAUUUAAUUCCAUUCAGGAAAUUGCCCAAGAACUGAAGGCCAUUGGAAUGAACACUUCCUUUACUUUCUCAUAAUAUUUACUUUCUUGAGUUUAGGGCAACACUGUUGUGCAGCUGGCAGCUGCCUCUCGGCGCCAGGGGCCUGGGUUUGAUCCUAAUCUUGGGUGCUGUCUGUGUGAAGUUUGCACGUUCUUCCAAUAUCGCAAAAGAUAUGCAGAUUUGUAGGUUAAAUGCCCUUAGUGUGCAGGGAAUGGCAUAACAGAACCAGUGUGAACAGUGAUUGAUGGUUUGUGUGGACUCGGUGGCCACCAGACCUGUUUCCAUGCUGCAACUUUUCAAUUCAAGUGCUGCUACUUGUGUGUCCUUUGCAUUCCAUGUAUACAAAUAGCCACCAGGUGGCAUCUGUGGAACAAUUGUGUCAGACUGAUCCUUUCCAACCAGGGUAUGCAGUCAGGCCCAUCAGCUCAUUGUCACGCCUGGAACUAGCACCAGAGACAGCAAGGGGAUGGGAGAAACUUAUUUCAAGCUUGUCCUGAGAUUGAAACAAAAGUCAAGUGUAUUUUCAAGGAUUCAAGCAGCUGCGGAGAGAAAGUUGGGACAUUUCAGGUCUAAGAUCCAUCAGGCUGAGAAAGAGAAAAUACACUGGUGUAGGUCACAGUGAAGGGUGCAGAGGAUAGAGCAAAGGGAAUUUUCUAGUGUAAAAUAUUUUAGCUAUAGCUAUUAAGGGGUGGUGCAGAGGUAGAGUUGAUGCCUUACAGCGCCAGAGACUUGAGUUCAAUCCUGACCACGUAGUUUGUAUGUUCUCCCCAUGACUUUGUGGGUUUUCUCUGAGUGCUCCGGUUUCCUCCCACACUCCAAAGACGUGCAGGUUUGUAGGUUAAUCGGGUUUGGUGAAAUUGUAAAUUGUCCCCAGUGUGCAGGAUAGUGCUGGUGUACGGGGUGAUUGUUGGUUGGCACGGACAGGCUGGUUCCCCGCUGUAUUUUUAAUGUCUAAAGUAAAUGGGCAGUUUAGCUCCUUUGUGUUAACUACAUUUCACCCUAUCAGAGAAAUUCCCUCAAAGUGAACAUUUUGUCCCUCUAGAUACUGCCUGACUUGCUGAGUUUUUCCAGGGAUUUCCAUAUGCUAGUGGUCUUGGAUUUUAGAAUAUGACAUUGGAAAGUUAUAUUAUCAAUUAAUUCCUCUUGACUUUGACUCAUGGCAUUAAUCCUUUUAUCAACAUGCUGAGCAGCCACUUGCUUUGUCUUGUUUCACAAGUAGAUGACAUUACACAAUGAAAACAUACUUUGAAGCCCCUUCUCUUUCUUUUGAUUUAUCAAAUUCUACACUUGGAGAUAAAGAUCCUAAAGGUGGUGUUUAACCUUUUGUUCUCAGACUACACCCGAGUGGAUUGUUUAUUUGAUGGAAAAGUCCCUUCUGUAAGAAUACUCAAUUGCUAAGGUAAGGCAAACAGGACAUUUUCAGGUUGGAGUUAAAAUCGAGGGGGAAAACAUUACAUCCUUUAAGUGUGUCCAGCACUUUUGUUCAGGAUUCCAGCAUCUGCAGAUUCUCGUGUCUCCAAAUUACAUGAUUGUUGGAUAUUGUAUUUUUUUAAUAUAUCUUCAAAGAAAGUAAUUGUAAAACAUCUACUCCAAAUGCAAUCGUAUGUGUAUGUACUAUUGAAAUGGAACAUUUGGCAUCGCUGCCAAACUUUGGACAAGUGGGUUGAGUAUAAUCACAGAUGCAUACUUGUACCUAAAUAAGAAGGUCCCUGAAUGUAUCUUUCAGAGCAUACACUAUCUAUUUUAAUUCCUGAUCUUAAAAUGUUGCGUUCUGUUCUUUCUUACUUAUUUCUGUUUGUUCUCAACUGAUAUGGAAGUGUCUUAUUUCCCACAUGUGUUGACCAAAUGUGUGAAGCUACUGAUUCCUAGUGAUUUUUAACCGUAAAUUAUCUUGACGCUUUUUAUCAUAUCUAAUCUACGGGGAAUUGGGACAAUUAUUUUGCACUUUGACCUUAUAAUACUGUUACAGUACCUGUCUUUGUAAUGAUUAUAUAACACUAGUUUUUGAGUUGGACUUUAAAUGCAACUAAUUUAUGAUCCAUUUGGUAUGUUACACUGGAGAAUUAUGAGUGAGAAGGCUCAUGUUUGUCAAACUAUAUAAGUUUGUUUUGUGUAGUUCCUGGAAUAAUUCACACUGGAUGGUUUGGGUUGAUUUUUGACAUAAAGAAUGUAAAAUAUUUAGAAAAAUAAUAUGUAUUAUUAGCAAAUCUCUGAUUUGAUCAUCUUGAUUUCUGUGUAAUUACUUAAUCCAAUCUGCCAAUAAAUAUCUUUAGUGCA